GUAUUACAGUCUAUUUUACUGUAGAUUUAAAAGAUUAAAAAUUGUUACUCCUGAUAUUUUAAUCAUCCUCAUCUUAUAAUUAUCAUAUUUACUGUUUUAUCCUGUUUUGUUUUAUCGUGAAUAUAAUCGAAAUGCGGUUCAUCAGCAUCACCAAUUUAAAUAUUUAUUGUUGUUGACUAAACUAACAUAAAACUGGCUAACCUGUCUUUCCUCUUCAUUACUUGUUAUUAUUACUUUUAUAUCAACCCAUUUUAGUGAUUUAAGCCCUGGGGAGGGUAGAGUGAGAAUAAAAUUAAAUAGUUGGUUUUGAAUAUUAACUUAUAAUGUUGCGCCAAAGGAAAAUUCAGUCUGAUUACACGUCUCAACCAAGUCCAUCAUCAUUAUCAUCACCCAAACUGAUGAUGGACACUAAAUACUCAAAAAAACCUACUAGACGGAUAAACUUCCUUUACAUCCUAUUAUCUCUGUUUGGUGUUUUCAUCUUUAUUGCCUAUGUUGCAGUGCCUGUUGCUUUCAAGUUAAGUCCGACGAUUCGUCGUCAUCUGCUUUUUAUGAACUAUGUUAAUUUCCAGGUGAAUAUGAAUUUGAGUAAUCCAGAAAAUGAGUACAAACUCAAGUGUACCAAAGUGUUCCAUGUUGACUCUUCCGAUGGUGCCUCAUUAGGUGUUUGGCAUAUUUUGCCUGGCAGUUUAGUCAACAAAUACUGUCCAACAGGCUUUGGUAAAGACUUGAAAGAUGUCGAUGAAUCACGGUUAUUUGAUGAUGACAGACCGAUUGUGCUCUACUCUCAUGGUAAUGGAGGAACUCGUGGAGGAAACCACCGUCUUGGACUUUAUCGAUUAUUAGCUUAUGGAGAGCUGGAUGCUCAUGUGAUUACAUUUGAUUACAGAGGAUUCGGGGAUUCAACUAACAUGCAUCCAUCAGUUCCAGGGUUAGUGGAUGAUGCUUUUCAUAUGUACAAAUGGCUUUCAAGCAAAGUGAAUCAUACCCGUAUCAAUAUUUGGGGCCAUUCACUUGGAACAGCAGUUUCAGUAGCAUUGUCUAAAAGAAUCGGCUCUGAUGAUAAACCAAACACAUUAACUCUGGAAGCACCUUUUAAUGCCGUAGCUGAUGCCAUUCGUGAAUACCCGUUAGCAGCCAUUUACAAAAUUUAUCCGUUGUUUGAUUUCUUCUUUAUUCAACCUUUUGAUUUACCUGAAUAUCGUUUAUUUGAUAGUCAAACAAACAUAAAAGAUGUUAAAUUUCCAAUUUUAAUCAUGCAUGCAAAAGAUGAUGCUAUAGUACCCUUCAAACUAGGCCAUAAGCUAUAUGAAAGCGCUUUACAAGGAUACAGUGGGAAAUCUGAUCAAGCCAAACCAGUUAUGAUCAUUUACGAAGAGGAACAUGGCUAUGGUCACAAGAAUAUUUACAAGGAUUCGUUGUUGACCAAAAUCAUCAUCAAGUUUUUCUCUCAUCAAGAAAUUGGACAAACAACAUUUUAAAACGGUGAAUUUCUGAUCUCUAUGUGUAACAUAAAUCGUGGUUAAUAUCGAAAAUGAGAUGCAGAAUAUAAUUAGAUUAGAUAAUUAGCAGUAUUUUUUACAAUUUUCCAUAAAAUGUGAUAUCCAAUCUAUCUAAUCAUCAUAUUUAUUCGACUUUUAAUAAGAUAAAUUUUCUUCCAUUCUUCAAGUGUAUGGUGAUAGCUACCAAGUGACUCAAAUAAUCCUCGAAAUAGGAUAAUUUGUCUCCAAAUGCUUCUAUCAAUUGAAAUCAGCAUCAAAGAUUGUUUUAUUAUAGCUCGUUUUAUCCUGUUUUGAAAUGAGGAAAAGAGGUUUUAUUGCAAAUUAUAUUGAUAAUUCAAGGAAAUCUGUUAAAUAUAACAACUCUUGUUAAACCUUGACUUUUUAAAGACAACUCGAUUCCUUAGUUGACUAAAAAUAAUUAAUCAUAAAAUUGCUAAAAUUAAAAUUAAGGGCAACUAAGAAUACUUAUACUUUGUACUUUUAUAUCUCUGAUUGUUGGUUUAAUCUAAUUAUUUGAAACCUCAAUGAGUUACUUGAUAACUGAAUGUAAAAUAAAUUAUCACACCAAUUAUAUUUUCAAAUAAAACUAUUUCUGAUAAUUUGUCAGCAAUAUCAGACAAUUUUGAAAUCA